UUGUAAGUGUUCCAAUUAGCCUUAGAAAAUCAUGAGAAGGAGAAAGGAAAUAAAGACAUAAGAAUUAUCAAUCAUGCUAAGUCGAGACUUCCCUGAAAUAUUUAUUUUUGGGACGUUUAAAGAAUUCGAAUAUACCAAAUUAAUCAUCUCAAUCAUGGGUAUUUUGUUGUUCGUGGAGGCAGACAAGUUCAUCGGUAAUUGUAUUAGAAGUUCGCGAAAGGAAAAUGCUCGAUUACCUAAUCUUCUUCUUCUCAGAUAUCCCUUCAGGUCUGACCAUCAAUUCUUUCCAACAACGACAGUUUGUACCACAGCGUGCAAUCAUGUUCACGCUUGCUCGUAGUUCUGCUAUAGACAGGAUCUACGAUGUGACAUCCCAUAAAAACGGUAUUCCCUUAUUGCCAUCUAAUUGUAAGUCCCCCCGGCUUUCCUGCCAAGCAUUUACCAACACGUGACUAGUUCUACCAGAAUCCUAUACUUUCGAAGAUCUGUACCGAGAGCUGGUGAAGAAAAAUGAAGCAGGAAAAGAUGUAAGUAUACAUCUUUCGGGGAUUUUCAUCGACUAGCUACUUACUGCACAUCAGGAAGAGCUAGUAAGCCUUCUCAUACUCGCCAGUUGCCUAAAAGAAAAAUCGAACAUAGUCGAAGGACCUGAUGAUGAGAAAUGGUACGAGAAGUUUGAGGAUUACUUGUCAAACACGACACUGCCAGAUGGAAAAGUAUUCUCAUUGGAUAAACAUGACGGCAAGCGUUUUCUUUCCAGUUUAUAGAUUUGGAGCAUAAGCUCACAUUUUUAAGAAGAGGAACAAUCAGACCAAGUUCACAAAGCUAAGCAACGCAGAGACAAAUACAGCCUUUGUAUUCUCUCAAUAUCAUACCUCCUCGAAAUAUCUUCAAAAUCAUUGCAACAACCGAAGAAUUCCACUCUCCUUUCCCUCAUCCCAUUUACCAGCACCGAGAAUCCAUGGACGACUCCACAAUCUCAACAAAUCGCAACCAAAAUACUCGAAAAACACAGUUUUUAUGUUCAAUCUUCUAAAUUUUUAGUCACUUACCUUCUUAUCUCUUUCAUUCGCCCCAUAUUUUCCGAGGCUGCCGCUCCAAAAUCCAUCACUGCAUCUUCCCGAAAAGCAGCACCAUCAUCUGCACCCCCUCGUCAUCUAGAUAUCCGCGAAUCUUCUCCUUCAAGACAACCGUGGAGAUCAAAUAUUCCACACACUAUAACAGUCCUGCAAUGGAUUAUAGGAUCUAUCUCUGUAUGCCUUCAUACUCUUAUCUCACAUCUUCAUGCUAAUACAUACCACUAGCCGGAAAUCCUUCGCACGGAUGAGGUAUUUCCACAAUUGGUGCCCGCCCUCCUCAUUCUUUUGGAUUCUCCCUCAAACCCAAUCCGAAUCCAUGCUCUCCGACUCCUCCCCAGUUUGUUCUCGAAAAUGGGCAAAAAACUCCUUAUAAAAACAGGACUAGGUGAAGUCUUCGAGGAUGCCAUUCACCCAGUUUUGUUAUUCCUACCUUCCAUAACACCUGUUGAGGACACACUCAAAUUAUUACCAGUGGGAUACGAAGCACUGUAUGCAAUAUGUGAUGCGAAAUGGCCUGAAAGAGACGAUGAACAAACUAGCACCGGUGCCAUAACCGCACCUACAAGCAGCCUUUUAAGCCAGAAAACAAACACUGCAGAAUCCACAAUUCGACUUCGUCUCGCCUUUCUUGAUAAAAUAAUUCGCCAUGCUAUUCUCCCUGCUUAUACCCACUGCCAAGAAAUACCUUCAGUAGUCGAAAUACUCAUAUCACAAAUCGGUAUCAUUAUCCCGAAGAUGAAGAUUUCAGGCGUAAAACAUCUUAAAAACAUCCUACCCAUCAUAUCAAACAUCCUAAUCAAUCCCUUCUUCCCAGACACAUCACCAUCGCUUAUCAUAAAAACACUACGGACACUGAGAGAAGUAAUCCUCGUACUCUGGCCACGUAUCAGUGUUAAAGAACAUCGACUACUUAUUCUACGGGCCUUGGGACUCCUCUACUGCAAUACGCGUUCAAAUUCAGUAGGGAGAUCCGUGGAUAGGAAAAUAGUAGAUGUAGAGGCAGAGACAGAGAUCACGAAAGAACUUCAGGAAACGGGAAAAGUUUUCGUGGCAGCGGUUCAGAUGGGAGAUGAUGAGGCGAAAGAGGCUUUUGGGCUAGAAUUGGAUACACUUGUUCAGACUGAAGGAGGAUUGGCUAGUAUAUUUCCUGUCUGAGUGCAGUGGAGUGGGGGUAUAAGGGAUUUGAAGGUCUUCAAUAGUAAGAUAUUAACCUUAUUGUCACGUAUGGUUUUGGUAGUCUGGUUUGAUUAUGGGGGAUUAAGAGAACUGUACUCGAGUUGUGAGUGAGUUACUAUAAGAUUACAAGAUAAUCUUUCUUACAGCAUUGGGAAAUAAACGUUCCUACUAUAUAUAUUAGGAUUAUACUAAAUGUAUUUGUAA